ACUUGGCUAAGAGAGUGAUCACUCAUUGCUUUAUCCAAGGAUGAUAACCUUUGUUGGGCUAAUCUUUUGACGCGUGUUAAUGCGUGAAAUGGCUUGGAUUUUGUUGGUAUAUUCCUUGGCAGCUGAUCUAUAUAGAGUGGUGCUUGUGUAGUCUGUUUUGGCAUUUUCGUCCUCUUUCUAUUUAUCCAUCCCACUCCAUCACCUUAACCUUUAACCAUGUCUGCCUUUGUGGGGAAGUAUGCAGAUGAACUUAUCAAGAAUGCCAAGUACAUUGCCACUCCAGGCAAGGGAAUUCUGGCUGCAGAUGAGAGUACAGGAACCAUUGGGAAGCGUCUGGCGAGCAUCAAUGUCGAGAACAUCGAAUCCAAUCGUCAGGCCCUCCGUGAACUCCUGUUCACCUCUCCUAAUGCCCUGUCUUUCCUCUCAGGAGUCAUCCUGUUUGAAGAAACCCUUUACCAGAAAACGUCUGAUGGGAAGCCCUUUGUUGAAGUCCUCCAGGAGAACAAUGUGAUUCCAGGCAUCAAAGUUGAUAAGGGCACUGUUGAAUUAGCUGGCACAAAUGGUGAGACCACAACUCAGGGGUUUGAUUCUUUGGGAGCGCGGUGCCAGCAAUACUACAAGGCUGGUGCAAGGUUUGCAAAGUGGCGUGCAGUGCUCAAGAUCGGUGCCAGUGAGCCAUCUGAAUUGUCAAUUCAACAAAAUGCACAGGGAUUGGCUCGUUAUGCUAUUAUUUGCCAGGAGAAUGGAUUGGUCCCUAUUGUUGAGCCUGAGAUUUUAACUGAUGGAAGCCAUGACAUCAAAAAAUGUGCUGCUGCAACUGAAACUGUUCUUGCAGCUGUUUAUAAGGCUCUGAAUGAUCACCAUGUCCUUCUUGAAGGCACUCUCCUGAAACCUAACAUGGUCACUCCGGGCUCUGACAGCCCAAAGGUACCACCAGAGGUGAUAGCAGAGUACACAGUUGCAGCACUUCGCCGGACAGUCCCACCAGCGGUGCCGGGGAUUGUGUUUUUGUCAGGUGGGCAGAGUGAAGAAGAGGCAACAGUGAAUCUAAACGCGAUGAACAAGUUAGAGGUGUUGAAGCCAUGGACACUUUCAUUCUCAUUUGGUCGAGCUUUGCAGCAAAGCACACUCAAGACAUGGGGUGGCAAGAAGGAGAAUGUGAGCAAAGCUCAAGAGGGAUUCUUGGCAAGGUGCCAGGCCAAUUCUGAAGCCACUCUUGGAAAGUAUACUGGCAGUAGUGCUGGUGGAUUGGCUUCUGAGAGCCUGUAUGUGAAGGGUUAUAAGUACUAGACUGGAGGUCUCCCUCUUCCUCUCUCUCUCUCUCUCUCUCUCUCUCUCUCUCUAUAUAUAUAUAUAUAUAUAUAUAUGAAAAUUUGUUAUGUUGAAUGUAGCUUUGUAUUAAAUUUUCUUCCCUUUACUGUGCUUUCUGCCUA